AUGAAAUAUAAUGAUACAAAUCGAAAACUAUCACAAGAUAUGUUUAACAAGCUGUUCGAGGCUUUACAUAUUUUACCCCCGAGUUUUGGUUCAUUUACAAGUCUCACUGAUAUUAUGUCAAGUACAGUGUUUGAUAUUUGUACAAGUGGUUGUAAUCUCAACUCUGCUCGUCAUGACGGUGAUACUGCUCAAUUACAAGCUUUUAAUAAUAAUAAUAUUGUAUCGUCAAUGACAUAUGUUAUUGAAAUUGGUGGAUUAGCUGCUGAUCAAAAUGAAAUUGCAACAGUAUUUAAUACAACUGAUGAACUUACUGCAAAAAACAAACAUCAUAAUCUUCGUCUUUAUUGUUUAUUAAAUCCGUGGUCAUCCAUGCUCAAUCUCAUGAAUAAUGAAAAUGACAAUGUUACAACUUAUCAUCGUGCAAUAAAGAGUUUUAUUCAUGACGUUGGUAAAUCUCUUAAGACGGCAAAAACAUUAAAACUUAUCAAUCCUUAUAUCAUUUUAAAUGAAUAUGACAAUAAAAUGAAUCAAGAAUUCUCGGAAAUUAAAAAAAAAAUCUAUAUUGCACUAUGUGAUGGCAUUGAUUUACCAGGUGCCAUGGAGCAAAUAAUGAAUUUAAUGACAAUUACAGAAGAAUAUACGAAAAUGGAAAAAAUCCAUGUGAAACUGAUUGAAAAUAUUUAUGAUUUUAUCAUGAAUUUAUUAAAAAUUUUUGGGUUAAAAUAUGAAGAUGUUUUUCAUUGUAAUGAAGACUACUAA